AUGGCUACCCGAACUCAAGUGUUGCUCGAUCUACAAUCUCCCUUCUUUGCAACCCAACGCGCUAGUGUUGGCGAACCCCCUCUUCAGAACUGCGCCAAGCCACUUCGCCCUGCCAUUCGGCCGCCAGCCGAGCACUUGCCCACCUACGCCCUCGAUCUAGCCCUCCUCUUGGCUUCCAUCCCCUCCCACCAUCCAAUGAACACCAACCGUAGCAGCACUACCAACAACAACAGCAGCAGUAGCUCGGCUUUGCCCACCCCCCAGACCAAUCUGCUGACCAUCACAAACCCCGAGCUCAAAAUUCCCCUCCCACGAUAA